CAUAUAUUCUCCAAAAACCCUAGCGAUCUUCAUAGCUGAGAGCUUCACUCUGUAUACCCUUUUCCCCUUCCCCCUUCCCCCCUCCCCCCAUCACCAAUGGCUACAGCCGCCGCGCGACCUCUUGUCUCUGUUCAGACCUUUGAAAAUGAUAUGGUAACCGAUGGGAGCUCCGCCGCCAACUCCCUCCCUCUCCCGGGUGUUAUGAAAGCUCCGAUCCGACCUGACGUCGUCACUUUCGUCCACGCCAACAUAUCGAGGAACUCACGUCAGCCCUACGCCGUGUCGAAGCGCGCCGGGCAUCAGACUUCCGCUGAGUCCUGGGGUACCGGCCGUGCUGUUUCCCGUAUCCCUCGUGUCCCCGGCGGCGGUACUCACCGAGCUGGCCAGGGUGCUUUCGGUAACAUGUGCCGUGGCGGCCGGAUGUUUGCUCCGACGAAGAUCUGGCGCCGCUGGCACCGUAAGAUCCCGGUGAAUCAGAAGCGCUACGCCGUGGCCUCUGCUAUCGCCGCCUCCGCUAUCCCGUCUCUGGUGCUCGCUCGCGGCCACCGUAUUGAGUCGGUGCCGGAGAUUCCUCUCGUGGUCUCCGAUUCCGCCGAGGGAAUCGAGAAGACAUCCAAUGCCAUCAAGGCGCUUAAGCAAAUUGGAGCUUACCCCGAUGCUGAGAAGGCUAAGGACAGCCACGCCAUUCGCCCUGGUAAAGGUAAGAUGAGGAAUCGCCGCUACAUUUCCCGCAAAGGUCCGCUGAUUGUGUACGGAACUGAUGGGGCUAAGCUGGUGAAGGCAUUCCGAAACAUCCCCGGUGUUGAGAUUUGCCACGUGGACCGCUUGAACCUCCUUAAGCUUGCUCCCGGAGGCCAUCUCGGGCGGUUCAUUAUAUGGACUAAGUCGGCAUUUGAGAAGCUGGAUGAGGUUUAUGGUUCGUUCGAUAAGCCUUCCGAGAAGAAGAAGGGAUAUGUUCUGCCAAGGCCGAAGAUGGUGAAUGCUGACCUGGCUAGAAUCAUCAACUCCGAUGAGGUGCAAUCAGUUGUCAGGCCCAUCAAGAAGGAGGUGAAGAGAGCUACAUUGAAAAAGAAUCCUCUGAAGAACCUUAAUGUGCUACUCAAGCUCAACCCACACGCCAAGACUGCUAGGAGAAUGGCCCUUUUGGCUGAGGCCCAGCGUGUCAAGGCCAAGCAAGAGAAGUUGGCUAAGAAGAGGCACCAAAUUACAAAGGAGGAAGCAUCUGCCAUUAGAGGUGCAUCAAAGGCCUGGUACAAAACAAUGAUCUCUGAUUCCGACUACACCGAGUUUGAGAACUUCACCAAGUGGCUGGGAGUGUCACAGUGAUUUGUUGAAAUUGCUUAGAAUCUACUUUUGUUUACUGCUUUGAUUUAGUAAUAUCUGGGUUUUGCAACUGUUGUGGACAAGAUUUUGAGUGUGGCAGGAAUUACAAGUUUAAGUGGCUUAGUUAGUUUACUUAUCCAGAUUGUUCCUUCCUUACCUCAUUUUGAUGGUUGAAUUUCAAGUUAGUAGCUUACUUCACUUUUUAAAAUAUAUAUUUAAUUGAGGAUUUUAUGUACGGUUUUACUGAACCUACCUACCUGUUUACUGCAUGUUUGUCUUGGUUCUUCU